AUAGUGUCAGGUGAUUGCAAUUAUAUUCGCACUUUUGGCACUACGUAUAUUUUAUAGUAAUCAGAAAUUUUAUGUUAAUUUUGUGCACUUGUCAUUACUUAAUCGCGAGGCUUAAUGUGAGAAGAUUUACUUUUGCGGAACCAUUGUAUGUAAGUACAUGAACAGCAGUGGAUUAAAAAUGUCGGAGAAGGUGUCAAGUAAUCAAUUACAACCUAUUGUUAAAAUAGGCCAUUAUACAUUAGGCCAAACUUUAGGAGUAGGUACAUUUGGGAAAGUAAAAAUCGGAGAACAUGUUUUGACAAAGCACAAAGUUGCUGUAAAAAUCUUAAAUCGGCAAAAAAUCAAAAGCCUAGAUGUUGUUGGGAAAAUUCGCAGGGAAAUACAGAAUCUGAAACUUUUCAGACACCCUCAUAUUAUCAAAUUAUAUCAAGUUAUAAGUACCCCUACAGACAUAUUCAUGAUAAUGGAAUAUGUGUCAGGCGGGGAGUUGUUUGAUUAUAUCGUCAAACAUGGCAAGCUUAAGGAGUAUGAAGCGCGACGAUUUUUCCAACAGAUCAUAUCAGGUGUUGAUUAUUGCCAUCGCCAUAUGAUAGUCCAUCGUGACUUGAAACCGGAAAAUCUUCUGUUAGAUCACAAUCUUCAUGUAAAGAUUGCGGAUUUCGGUUUAUCAAAUAUGAUGAUGGAUGGUGAAUUUUUGCGAACUUCCUGUGGGUCACCAAACUAUGCCGCACCAGAAGUGAUAUCCGGCAAAUUGUAUGCCGGCCCGGAAGUAGAUAUUUGGUCAUGCGGUGUUAUAUUGUACGCCUUACUUUGUGGCACUUUACCAUUCGAUGACGAACAUGUUCCUACGCUCUUCCGCAAAAUUAAAUCUGGUGUUUUUCCUAUACCAGACUAUUUGAAUAAGAGUGUUGUUAGUCUCUUAUGCCAUAUGUUACAAGUCGACCCAAUGAAGAGGGCAACUAUAGAAGAUAUCAAAAAACACGAGUGGUUUCAGAAAGAUUUGCCAUCAUACUUAUUUCCGUCACCAGUGGAGCAAGACUCAUCCGUUAUUGAUAUAGAUGCUGUCAACGAAGUGUGCGAGAAGUUCAACGUCAAAGAGCCGGAAGUGCACUCUGCGCUGUUGGGCGGUGAUCCGCACGACCAACUGGCGAUUGCUUAUCAUUUGAUUAUAGACAAUAAGAGGAUCGCUGACGAAGCGGCUAAAGCGGAAUUAAAAGACUUUUACGUGGCAUCGAGUCCUCCGCCUGUAGCGUUCAGCCCGAACGAUAGUAACAGCAGCCCGUUGAGACCGCAUCCGGAGAGGAUCGCACCAUACCGCGAACGUCAAGGUUCACAAGGCAGUAACGCGCCUGCACAGACGCAAGGCAGUCGCGGUACACCCGUGAAAAGAGCGAAAUGGCAUUUAGGAAUAAGAUCACAAUCAAAACCGAACGACAUUAUGAAUGAAGUUUAUCGUGCCAUGAAAGCGCUUGACUUUGAAUGGAAGAUCAUAAACGCAUAUAGUGUUAGAGUACGACAUAAAAACACAUUAACCGAUAGAUACAGCAAAAUGUCGCUACAAUUGUAUCAAGUUGAUUAUAAGAGUUAUUUAUUAGAUUUCAAAUCUUUGUCGAAUGAAGAGGAUGACAUUGGACGCGAUCCAGCACUACCGCCACCGCAAGCCACCGGCCAUCAUACGAUGGAAUUUUUCGAAAUGUGUGCAGCGUUAAUUACACAGUUAGCACGAUAACAUGGUCAUCUGUUGAAGUUACAGUAUAUUCUGUUACAUUCUUUUUUUCAACUUAUAUUUACAUAGUAUAAAAUAAAAAAGCUGUUGUAAAGUGCAUUAUUAAUCUUGUAGUUUUCACAACCAACUUCAUCCUGUAUGUAUGUAUGUAUGUAUAUAUAUAUAAUCAUUUAUUAUUAAAUGCUAUGUAUAACAUUGAAUGUUACAUUGCAUUACAAACUAUUAUAAAUAUAUAUAUUAUAACAUAAAUAUAUUUUUUAUCUAAAUGAUUACAAUUCUCUCUUACCGCGUAUUGUAUUUUUAUUUUUAUGAAAUUAUAUAUGUA